UCGGGGAUCGAGGUUGAAUUGCUCCAGGAAGUUUCAAUGAGGGCGCCGAAAUAUUAAGUUGACCAGCCAACUCCCGUGACAGAAAGUUCUGCGCCCAAGCUGGCCAGUUGCAGUCAAGAAGUUUGGGCUCCCCUAGGAAGAGAAAGAAAGGGAAGUGGAGACAUUUGGGGGACCUGGUGACCUGGUUCUCUCCUCAUGGCUUUAUCAAGUGACCCCAGCAAGGACUGCUCCCGUGUCAUCGAUCACAGCCAUGUCCCCGAAUUUGAGGUGGCCACCUGGAUCAAAAUUACCCUCAUCCUGGUGUACCUGACCAUCUUCGUGGUAGGCAUCGUGGGCAACAGCGUCACCAUCCGGGUGACGCAGGUAUUGCAGAAAAAGGGCUAUUUGCAGAAAGAGGUGACAGAUCACAUGAUCAGUUUGGCAUGCUCAGAUAUCUUGGUCUUUUUGAUUGGCAUGCCCAUGGAGUUCUACAGCAUCAUUUGGAAUCCGCUGACCACUCCCAGCUACUCAUUGCCUUGUAAGCUCCACACCUUCCUCUUCGAGGCGUGCAGCUACGCCACGCUACUGCAUGUGCUGACCCUCAGCUUUGAGCGCUACGUGGCCAUCUGUCACCCCUUCAGGUAUAAGGCAGUGUCUGGACCUUGCCAGGUGAAACUGCUGAUCGGCUUCGUCUGGAUCACUUCCGCUCUAGUGGCACUGCCCUUGCUUUUUGCCAUGGGUACCGAGUACCCCCUGGUGCCCACUCACAGGGGACUCAUUUGCAAUUUCUCUCGCACCCGCCACCACGAGCAACCAGAUACCUCCAAUAUGUCCAUCUGUACAAACCUCUCCAGUCGUUGGACCGUGUUCCAGUCCAGCAUCUUUGGGGCCUUCGCGGUUUACCUCUUGGUCCUGGUGUCAGUGGCUUUCAUGUGUUGGAAUAUGAUGAAGGUGCUUUUGAGAAGCAAGCAGGGCACUCUGGCAGGGUCUGGGCCACAACUGCAACUGAGGAAGUCGGAGAGUGAGGAGAAUCGGACUGCAAGAAGACAAACCAUCAUCUUCUUGAGACUGAUUGUGGUAACCUUGGCGGUAUGCUGGAUGCCAAACCAGAUUCGGAGGAUCAUGGCUGCGGCAAAACCCAAGCAUGAUUGGACCAAGUCCUACUUCCAGGCCUACAUGAUCCUCCUCCCUUUCUCGGACACCUUCUUCUACCUCAGCUCGGUGGUCAACCCUCUCCUCUACAACGUGUCCUCGCAACAGUUCCGGAGGGUGUUUGGGCAGGUGCUCCGCUGCCAUCUGACGCUGCAGCAUGCCAACCAGGAGAAGCGCCUGCGGGCGCACGCCAGCUCCACCACCGACAGUGCCCGCUCCGCCCGCAGCCCGCUCAUCUUCUUAGCGUCUUCCCGGCGGAACUCCUCUGCAAGGAGAACUAACAAGGUUUUCUUAAGCACUUUUCAGACGGAUGCCAAGCGUGAGGAGUCUCAGCCCCAGGAGUUGAGUCUGCAGUCACCACAGACUGACCCAGAGACCAAACCGGCAGAUUCCACCACAGAAAAUGGCAUUCAGGAGCAGGAAGUGUGAAUGUCAAGUUUGGAGGCCUUAAGCAGCAAACCGACCC